CCCUGGAAAAAGUUCCUUAAGAAAACUGCAGAUAAAUUAAAACAAAUUUUUGCCUCAUUUUCAUCUUUCGACACCACGAACUAUAACAAAGAUGACAAAUUUUAGUUUUGGAUUUUCGCUCCUACUUGUAGUUAUCUAUGGAUCUAUACAAAUGAGUCAUUCUUUGUGCUGUGAUAAAAUCAAAAAAUUGGUUGAUUCAAAAAUGGAUGCAUAUCAAGUACUGUGUAAGAAAAAUACGUCACUUAAUCCUAAUUGCUGUGAUGACAUCAAAACAAAAGUUGAAUUAUAUGAAAGGGCGUAUGCAUCAUUAUGCUUAAACAGAACUGACGUCUGCAAGAAUCCAAAGCCACUAGGAAUGGAAAAUGGUAACAUACCAGAUAGGGCCAUAACUGCGUCAUCAGUGUACAGUGAUAAGUUUCUAGCGCCAUUUGCUCGAUUGAGAAGAAGCUCAUCAAAGUGUUCUUGGGCUCCAGCUGCAAGAAACAGAAUGAACUCUUGGCAUCAAGUUGAUUUUGGUAAAGUUAAAAUAAUAACUGGGGUAGCUACUCAAGGAUCUUGCAUUGGGAUCGGAUUUCAGAAGACCUAUACUUUUUCAUACAGUAAUGAUGGAAAAAAUUGGUCACCUUACAAAGAAAAUGGAUCAAUAAAGAUCUUUCAGGCUAACAGCAAUACAACAGGCAUUGUCAAGAAUUACCUUUCAACUCCAAUAAAGAGUCGCUUCAUCCGUCUUCAUAGUAAUACUUAUUAUUCUUAUCCAACCCUCAGAGUUGAGUACUAUGGCUGCUAGUAAUUCUAAAAAUGAUAA